AUGGAUCAGGGUAGACGAAAUCGAUGGGGCCCAUGGACCGAUUGGACUUGGGACGGUGAACAAGCCCGCUACUGGAGGGCAAGACAGGACACCCAAGGCAACUUCGACUACGACUUCUACGAUCCCAAUGCUCCAGGACCCGCGACAACACCGGGGGUAGCGCCGGAGGCUGGUGAUCCUCGCACUCCUGCCGAUGAUCUCGUCGGUGGCAUGCACAGGCUCGACCUAGGCGGCCAAAAUGCGCAGUACACCCACGAGGGCGCGUAUACCUACGUUGGUGCUCAGAUUGGUGCCGGAACUGAUGCUUCGGGCGGUCUGUACGGCACAACUCCAGUCUCACCUCAUGCUGCCUCCUCGGCGAAGGGCACUGCUAGACCCUUCGAAGCAUUUGCCAAGUCCAAGUCAAAGCAUUCCAGGCACCAACGAGAGAGGGAGAGGGAAACGGGCAAAGAGAAAGCCUCUUCGUCCAAAAUACUCCAACCCAGGCAGGGGAAAGGUGACAGCCAGCCCCCGGAUCCCGCUGCCGGUCAGUUCGACGACUUAGAAGCCUUUUACCCGAACCCUGUCGCUCCACCAGGUACCAGUCCCGACCACGGCGGCGCUUCUUUUGCCGACCACGCGGGAACUCCGGUUCACCGUGCUUCCGAAGCUGAUUCACCCGACCCAGCGGAGUAUUCCCAUUCUCGGCAUGCACAAGAAGAUCGGUUAGCGAGGGAGACUACGUCUAGUCACUACUCAACUGGAGAGUCCCUCUAUCAAGCUUCAUCCAGUGAUCAACUCGAUGAUGUUGCAUCCCGAGCCGAUCCCUACCUGACCGGAGCGCCCGGUCCUUUCUACUCAGGCGGGGAGCCAUCGUCUAUCGCGACGGCCGAUAAUUAUUCGAACCCGGCAUUUGAGCCCGGCGACGGCCGAGCAACACCGAAGCCGACCGCCCAGCCCUCAAUGGCCCCCGCGAUGGUCAAUGACUAUCAAUAUCAAGCUAAUGGUUCCUGGAGUUACGGCGGAUCACGGGAACCCACCAACAACGAGGUAUUCACCCUUGAACACUCUUCACGCUUUCGACCUGGCGAGGUGUUCAAGAUCAUGUGGUGCGAGCCUCUUGGCGCUACCGGCAGCCGCAGGAGCGAGAUCAUAACAAACCAGGUUCAACUGAGCGUCGAGGGGAGGCAGUUCUACCAGGGCCUUCGACGGUUCAUCAUAGUAGCUAACGAUGAGGGACACUGUACCUGCGUGCCUAUCUUGACAUAUGAGCGCCAGGCAUGCACCAAAAGGGGUGUCAAACCCCUGAAGCACGGGAUCGUGUACCAGACUGGAAAGAAGCCUCGUCUUGUCAAUAAUGAACCUCCGUUGGGAUUUCCCCCGGUAAGGGUCGAUCUCUACGAGAGAACCGAACAAUUGGUCAAGGAAUCUCGCGUCAAUUACGCCAAGCUCACGACGGUCGAGCACAACUUCAAGGUCUUCUUCAUCGGCCGCGUCGCGCCGGAGGAUUUUGGCAAAGUGGUCGCUGCCGUCGACGAAUGCUGGGAGAGGAAAAGGCGACGCAACAACAACUAA